CGUCAGACAGUUAUGCAUGUCUUACCGGAUACAAAUUAAAGCCAGGACGUUCACACUUUAACCUGACAUGGAUACUUCACGACCGUGUACAAAAGAUGAGUACAAAGUGAAAAAUUUUCUUCUGGACUACCACAGUCCUCGUGAUUUUGUAAUCUUUCAGCACUGUGGGACAACACUGCCUUACUUAGUAUGGCGCGUGUUUUGGGCACUCUACCACUUGAUCUGGAUUAUUUUGACCGGUGUGUACAGUUGGCAGUGGGCAGGCGAUGACCCGGAACAACAGGUCAAAUGGUUCAUCUUUCUCACAGAAUGGUGUUUUUUUGUCCUAACAGUCUCGACCCUUGUCGACGCAGCGUGUGUCAUCUUCAUCAACUUCUGUCGGGUGGACAUUAAAAAUGAUAUUACUAAUGAAAUGACGUGGUAUCUCAAGGCUAAUUGGGUUAUCUUUAACGCGGCGAACUCCGCUGCUCUAGUGGUAACUCUGGCGUACUGGGGACUGGUCUAUACUGGAGGAUCUGUGACCGUAGUAGACGUUAUAACACAUGGUAUCAACGCUGUAUAUGUCAUCGUCAAUGUCAUCGUCUCAUCCGUUCCUAUCCGGAUCUAUCAUUUUUUCCACGGAGUUAUUUUCGGAGUAGUGUAUGCGGUUUUCACUGUCAUAUACUAUGCGGCUGGAGGAACUAAUCACCAAGAUAAAGCCUACAUUUACCCGGUGCUAGACUGGAAUAGCCCGGGUUUGACUCUAGCGUAUUGUGUGGCCGUCAUUUUCGUUGCCAUGCCUCUCUGCCAUUUUCUAAUUUACGGGAUCUAUGCAUUGCGACGGUGUACUUGUAGGAAACACACCUCACAGUCAUAUGCAGUGUAAUGGUAUUAAGAAGUAUUCGGCCAGCAGGUUACUUUAGUGACAAUUAGAGGAUAUAAUACGUUGCUCAAUAGCCAUUGACUUAAUUAAUAUGAUUACGGUGUGACCGUUGGGGCGAGCGCAGCAUAUCUGAAUACAUUUAAAAAAAAUUAUAUUGAAAACAAGGAAAACUGAUCUGGUUCACUGUCAAUACGUAGGAUUACUGUCUUGCUCUUCUCGCCAAUGUAGGAACCAGUUUAGCGGGAAAUGCAACGAGCGUGUUGUGACGUAGCCUGGUAGUUGUGACGUGACUGUUUACAUUUCUUAAGACAAUAUUUCAAAAAGAAAAAGAAAGGGGGAAGAAUAUGAUUUUCAUCCUUUCCUUUCAAAUAAGAAAGGUUUGUAAUACUUCAAAGAUUUUAUUUAUUAUUAUUUUACGAAUCGAACCAUCCGCCAUUUUGUACGAGGGACUUCUGGGAUUGGCGUAAAAAAAAAAAAUUCUUGUUAGAGGUUGAGAUUUAGCUCGGAUUAUUUCCCGCGCUCUAGUCAUUAGAGCUCGCAGUACGAGCCAGCGCUCCGCACUGGCUCGCUGCGCUCGCUAUUAUUCUCCUACCUGAGGAGUCUGUAGGUCCUCUUCGUCUGUAUGUCCGUCUGUCAGAUUUCAGCACUUUAAGAAUGGAGUGGAUGGACAUUUCUACCAAGCGGUGAAAUCUUUGUAUCGAAAUACUGAGUCCUGUGUUCGCUUAGGUAACUAUACCGACUGGUUUGGCUGUACAUCGGGAGUUAGACAGGGAGAUAAUCUCUCUCCAACAUUGUUCGCCUUGUUUAUCAACGAUCUUGCUGUACAAUUAAAAGACCUAAACAAUGGAAUCCAAAUCAAUGACUUCAAACUAAAUGUCCACCUUUACGCAGACGACAUAGCAUUAAUUGCACAGAAUGAGGCCGACAUGGAUGCAAUCCUCGAUGUUGUUUCUAGCUGGUGUAAGAAAUGGAGGCUGUAUAUCAACUCUACUAAAUGUAAAGUACUACAUUUUCGAAAGAAAAAACCAGCGAAAACGAAGUGACCAUAUAUUCAACAUAGGAGAAGAUCUUCUUGAUUAUGCAUCAUCUUAUAAGUAUCUCGGUGUAUUGUUUGAUGAAUUUUCCACAUUCAAGAACAACAGCGAAAAUCUUGCGAAAUCGGGGGGACGAGCCCUAGGAGCUGUUAUAUCCAAAUUACAUACGAAUAAAUCAGUAGGAUUCAGAACAUACGAGAAAAUGUACCUUAGCGGAGUCGCACCUAUUUUGGAUUACUGCAGUGGUGUAUGGGAGUAUUGCAAAUAUCAUAGUAUUGAAUCUGUACAGCAUCAUGCAUUGCAGUACUUUCUUGGUGUACAUCGUUUUACUCCAAUUUUAGCUAUUCAAGGAGAAUGUGGUUGACUUCCUUCAUUUUAUCGACAUCAAAUGAAUAUUUUACGCCUAUGGAAUCGACUCGUUACAAUGCCGGACGACAGGCUUACGGAAAAAAAAUGGCAUGUGGAAUAUGGAACAAUCACACAACAUAAAUUGGUCAAAUUCCUUUUUGAAUCUCUUGAUAUGACAGUAUAUUUCCUAAAUCGUAUGGUCUGUAACUUAAACACUGUGGAAGAAAAACUUCGUCGGGAUUUUAUGAAUGGCUGGAAUGAAGAGGUCCAAAACGUUCCAAAACUUAGAACCUACCGAACCGUAAAAAAUAUUAGUGAUUUUCAAACAGAAAAAUAUGUAAUCAUGGAUAUUCCAAAAAGUCAUCGUUCCAUACUUGCCCAGUUCAGAUGUGGUGUCUUACCUAUAAGAAUUGAAACAGGACGGUAUAAGGGGGAGGCGUUAUCGGAUAGGCUGUGUACUUUAUGUUCUUCAGAUAGUGUAGAAGAUGAAUGUCACUUUUUACUUCAUUGUUCCUCUUAUUCAAAUCUUAGAGUAAUCUUUCUUACCAGUAUCGGAUUUAACCCCACUAUGAUCAAUAUGUCAGAUUUAGACAAAACAAAAUUUCUAUUAUUAAAUUUUCCAAGACAAACUGCAAAAUUUCUGUUCUCCACAUACACUUAUAGACAGUCUAUCAUAUAUCAUAAUAGUAAAAGUAAUGCGUAAUACAUGUACCACUGUAUUUAUUAUUUAAUUUUUUUUUCUGUUAAAAGUGACAUAUAGGCCCGAUGGGCCGGGUGUUUAAAUUCCUAUUAUUCUGUUUAAUGUAUUUUUCAAUUAUGUAAUGUAUAAAACACAUGUCACUAUAAUAAAUCAUUUACUUACUUA